AUGCACAAGCAUGACUUGCAAGCAAUCACUAAUAAGCAUUUUGUGGAUCACAAAUUAUCAAGGACCGAAGUCGAAAUAAUUGUUAGUGCCAUCAUAUUAGAUAAUCGGUUUUGGAAUGAAUGUCUUGAAGUUGUGAAGAUUGUGUCUCCUCUUAUAAAAUUAUUGAGAAUUGUUGAUUCAGAUGAAAAGCCUUCUUUGCCUUAUGUUUAUGAAGGCAUGCAAAGGGCAAAAAAAGCAAUUAAGGUAGUCUUCAAUAAUAAGAAAGACCAAUACAAGCCUUACACAAAUAUUAUCCAAGCCCGAUUGGAUAAGCACUUGAAGACCAAUCUUCAUGUAGCAGCAUAUUUGUUGAACCUUUCCUUCUUGUAUAAUGAUGACUUUGUUCACAAAAGAAGGUUAAUGGAUGUUAUGCUUUCAGUGUUUGAAUCAACUGAAAAUGAAGAUGUUGAUUAUAUUGUGAUGAUGAAGCAGUUGAGCUUGGAUCGUGACCAUGAAUGGUGGUCAUUUUAUGGAAGUUCUGUUCCAAAGUUGCAAAAUCUUGCAAUGCGUAUUCUUAGCCAAACUUCUUCCUCUUCUAGUUGUGAGAGAAAUUGGAGCUUGAGCCUAUUGAAGAAAAAGACAAGUUUUGAUCCAAUUGAUUAUGAAUCUAUUGACAAAUUGAACUUUUGGAUUGCUGAAGAGGAACAAGAGCCAGCUCCAGAGUUUGAUGUUGAUGAUGUCACUAAUUUGAAAAGUGCUAUGCAUAAUGAGAAUCUUGUAGCUUCAUCAACUUCUGUGAGAAAUAAUGAAACUGAAGAAGAUAUGAAUAUUUCAGAGCAUCCACAUUUGAAUGAUGAUGUUGGAAGUGGUUCUGGUUUCUCUCAAUCAUCGCCUAAUGUUUCAAUCCUUACUCUUGGAGAUUUGAAUGAAAUUAAUGAGGAUUUUGGUGUUGAUUAUUAUUAG